AUGACCGUAACAGUGUGUGUUCGAUCAGCUUCAUCAUUUCGCCAUCAUUUUUGUUUAAGGAGAGUUAUAGAGCUGUUGAAGGAGCUCGACGGUGGACAGAAAUGUUUUCGUUUGAUAAGUGAUACUCUCGUUGAAUACACGGUCAAGGAGGUGAUUCCUGAGCUAGAGAAAAACUUCACAAAUCUUGGAGUUGUUUCUGGUGAACUCAACAAAAGGCUUGUUGAGAAAGGCAAUGAGUUAAAUGCCCAUAAAGAAAAGUACAACAUUCGAUUCCUCACCGAAAAGGAAACCCAGGAAAUCAGGGAAAAGCAACUUCAAUCAUUGCAAGCCCAGCGGAAGCAGGAAUAA